CCUGGAAGAGUUGUGACUCUGGUUGAAGAUCCUGAGGGGUGUGUAUGGGGUGUUGCUUACAGAUUGCCAGCUGGACAAGAAUGUGAAGUAAAGGCAUACCUGGAUUUCAGAGAGAAAGGAGGCUACAGGACUACAACUGUCAUUUUCUAUCCAAAAGAUUCGUCAGUAAAACCAUUUGAUGUCUUGUUAUACAUUGGAACCUGUGACAACCCUAACUACCUUGGUCCAGCACCUCUAGAAGAAAUUGCUGAACAGAUUUUUAAUGCAGUUGGUCCUAGUGGAAGGAACACAGAAUAUCUGUUUGAACUUGCUAAUUCUAUCAGAAAUCUUGUACCGGAAGAUGUAGAUGAGCAUCUCUUCUCUUUAGAGAAACUAGUAAAGGAACUCUUGGAAAAGCAUCAAAACAUAAAUUGUCUAUAA